UCUUAUUCCUCCACUAUUAUAUUCGGGUUAACACUGUCUGUAUACACGCUAUACAAUCCACAUCUGCUAACACUCACUGUGAAUGUCAAUAAUACACAUUUAAUGUAACACUAUUAAAGUCUAAAUAAUAUUAAUAUUAAUUUCCUGUAUGAAAGCAGUGAAGGAGCAACAACUGCCUCUUGUCCUCGCGCGUCACUUGAACGUGUCAUGUUCACGUCGGACGUUGACUCGUGAAACCGCGUUACUCCGUUACCUGCGGAGUGUUUGUAGAGGACUAGCAGCACCUCGGACCGGGGGGGGAGAGGGGGAGGAGGACCCAUGAAGCCCGCUGACCGCCGCGAGAAGUGAGGGAGGAAAGUUUGUGUCAAGUUUUGUGACACGGAGGUUGAAAACUUCGAGCGUCCAUACCGACGGUUAGCAGCUCGGAGCGGGGAAGAUGGCGCGGCGCUGCGGCCGUGCCACGACUCGGUUUACCGAAGAAAUACAGAAACAUGCCAGAAAGAUAGCGACGUCCGCAGUGUGGUUAUGUUUGUGUCUCCUCUUCCCGUCCGCGACGGAGGCUGGACUGUACACCGCUUCUGACCAGGUCGUCCUGUUGACUCCGGAAAAUGCCGAGUCGGUUUUGAUCAACUCCACGGCGGCGAUAUUUGUGGAGUUUUAUGCUUCGUGGUGCGGACACUGCAUCGCCUUUGCUCCGGUUUACAAAAGUCUGGCGAGAGACAUUACAGAGUGGAAACCAGCUGUGGACCUGGCAGCUAUUGACUGUGCUGCAGAAGAGAACAGAAAGGUCUGCACGGCCUUUGGCAUCAGAGCGUAUCCCACUAUCAAGUUCUUCCAUGCUUAUUCCAAGGCCGAGUCUAAAGGAGAGGCUUUUAAAGCUUCUACUCAUGACGUGCGGGUCCUCCGUCACAGGAUCAUAGACAAACUGGAAAACCAUGAGGAGCCGUGGCCCCCCGCCUGCCCCCCACUGGAGCCCACCAGCCAAGCAGAGAUCGACAGCUUCUUUGAGACCAACAACGUUCAACACCUGGCUCUGAUCUUUGAGGACACUAACUCCUACAUCGGCCGAGAGGUAACACUAGACCUGUUACAGUUUGAGACUGUCGCAGUGCGGAGAGUCCUGAGCACUGAGAAAGUUCUGGUCACAAAACUGGGAGUGACUGACUUUCCAUCCUGCUACCUUUACUCUCCUGAAGGCAAUUUCACCAGACUUGACGUCAACAUUGAGGCUCGUACUUUCUACUCUUACGCCCUCCAGAGGCUGCCGGGAGUGACGCGGUCGGGGAAGCCUCCACCGGUCACCUUGGACGUCCUCGCCAACAACACACAAGAGCCCUGGAAACCCUUCAAUGAGUACAAGGUGUACAUGGCCGACCUGGAGUCGACGCUGCACUUCUCUCUGCGUGUGGAGCUGGCUGCUCAUACUGUCAUCAAAGGAGAGGCCCUGACUUCUCUCAAAGAAUACAUCUCUGUCCUGGCGAAGUACUUUCCAGGCCGUCCAGUGGUGAUGAACCUUUUGAAGUCUUUAAACGCUCGGCUACAGAACCAGACUGGCGAUGAGAUUUCCUAUGAGGCAAUCGGAGAGAUACUGGAUAACUCUGCUCAGUCUCCAGACACUGCCUUGCCUGAAGGAGUGAGAUGGGUGGGCUGCCAGGGUUCACAACCCCACCUUAGACGCUACCCUUGCGGCAUGUGGAUUCUCUUCCAUGUUCUCACUGUCCAGGCCAAGAACACAGGAGGCACAGAUCCCAAGGAGGUGCUGAGUGCGAUGAGAAAGUAUGUCCGCAGCUUCUUUGGCUGCACGGCGUGUGCCGAGCACUUUGAGAUCAUGGCGAGCGAGAGUUUGGUGGAGGUGAACACGUUCUCGUCAGCGGCGCUGUGGCUUUGGUCGAGACACAAUCGCGUCAACAACAGACUGGCAGGUGCUUUAAGUGAAGACCCCAACUUCCCAAAGAUCCAGUGGCCUUCACCAGAGAUGUGUCCAGCCUGCCAUUCGGUGAAGGAGAACGGGGAGCACAGGUGGAGCCAGGAGCAGGUUCUCCCCUUCCUCAUGUCCUACUUCUCAUCCAGCAAUAUCCUCACAGACUACCUCGAAAGCGAAAGCCAGAUCGUGGUAAAACAGAGGGAAAAACAUGCGAGUCGGCAGCAAGCUUUAGAAGCUCAGGAACAUGUACAGAGGAAAGCCAGGGAGGCCUUGGACUCCAUGACGCAUCCCCCGCCAUCGCAAUCCACUGUGCAGGACGAGGAGGAGGAGGAAGAAGAGGAGGAAGAGGAGGAGGAAGGUGGGGAAAGAGCUGCAGUAGAGGGUAAAACAUUGGAGACGACCCCUUGGGCCAAACCUGAAAUGGAGGUGGGUCGAGGCCGGCGGCAGGCCCACAAGAAGCCGAGCAUUGUGGGUUUGAGGAUGCGAGAGCUGCAGGAGGACAUCGUGGAUCUCGACUCCUUUGUCAACCAACACUACAAGGCCAAGGCGCUGCAGGUGGCUGCCUCCGGCCGGGUCAAACGACGCACCCUGCAGAGGAAAGAGGAGCAGGAUCCAGGGCCUGUGUUUGGGCUCGCCGUGGAGCUGGACGUCGGGCUCAGGAUGGCGGGCCUGCAGCCUGUAGAAGCAGACUUUGAGCUGCACGUGGGGCAGCAGAGGAAGCAGCUGCAGAGGCGAGAACUGACCGGCCAGCACUUUGUUGAGGAGGCCGAGUUGAGCCAAAGGGGACGUUGGAUGUCUGUCCUGAACAUUGGAUUCUCCAAAGUGGACAUCAGUCUUUGUGUCAUCCUUUAUUUCCUUUCCUCCAUGUGUCUUCUGGUCAUGUAUCUUUUCUUCAAAAACCGCCUCAGGCUACGGCGGGAUAAAGUAGCCCUACCCUGAACCAAAGUGUAUCCAAAUUUGAGCUGAGUCAGCAAUGAUUAACGUGCGUACGGUUGGGGUUACUGUAAGGAGAUGUGUCAAGAUUAGGGCGAUCUUAGGCAGUCCACUUAGCUGUUACCUGCAGCCAAGGCAGCGUGCUUCACCCAGAGUGUCGUGGAUGUUAGGGAAAAUGGAAAAUGAUCAUCAUUUAUUAUUUUCAUUUGAUCAUAAAAUUAAACCCAAUAUGAGAUUAAUUACAUUUUUUAUUUGUAUGAAGUAAAUGCAACUCAUGCAUUUUGUUGUACUAAGUGAUUUGAGUUGCUUUACUUCAUUUUGUAACAGUUUUAGUUUUGUAUAUCUCUCAAGGGACUCCAAGACCUCCUAAACUACUUCUGUGUACUAUGACCAAAAUAUAUUCUUUAUUUCAGUCACAAUUGUUAUAUUUUACAUGUUAAAAUAUUUGAAUCAUUUUAAAUUACUCAAAUAGGUUAAAACAAGUCCUGUUAUAUCUAAAACUACAAAGUAACUGUUUUCCCUCAAAUAAAUAAUUGCGAUAUUUCUGUUUAAGAUAAUUAAUCAAGUAUUAAAUGAAAUGUCACUGCAUUUCUUUUAAUAUUUAGACAAAACAGUCCCAGUCCCUAAAUGCGUUGUGGGUUUGUUGAAGCCUGACCGUUGCAUCAUAUCGCUGAAUACUGUGACUGGACCAACAAGUCCACUGACUUUCACCAGAGAAGAUCGGAGCAGCUUUUUGUUGUUCAGCUCCUUGACUGUCAUGACACUGGGCGUUAUGUUGCAUCUUUGAAUAUUACAUCACAAUGCUGAGUCCACACAACAGCUACUCUGGCUGUUUGUGAACUGUUGUGGAGCGAGCGGCGCAUAUGUUCACACUGGACAAGGUUUUAGAAUAAGCAGGAUUUGUUUUUGGCUUUUGUCCAUGAUGUAAAGCUUCGGCUGGUCAUCUCAAAAACACUGUUUUUCUGUUUUGCUUAUUUGCUUUUGUCUGAAUCAAUAAAAUUAUUUUUGAUAAGGA